AAACCUCAAGCUGUUUCUAUAGAACAUUUCACACCAAGACUUUUUCACUCUCAUACAGACACUGCAGGGAUCAGAGGAAAACAUUCUUUUCAUUUCUGAUAACAAGUAUGUUUACAUGGGCAAUGCAAUGCUUCUUUCGAUGGCAAAAAAACCCUCCCCUGUAUGAUGGGGAGAAAAGUCUAGCAGAAUGGUCAUCAAUCAAGCAUAUCAUUCACCUGGGAAGUUUCUUCUGAUAAAAAGACGGGGAUUUUGCAAUACCAUUUCCACAUAGCAAAAUAAGCAGGAUUGAGAGAACACGUAAUUUUCCCUCUCAUGUGAAUUUUAUUGAAUGACAUGGAAUUGAAAUUCAUAUUCUACUGAAAUUUUAUCUCAAAAUGGAAUUCAAUUUCUUAUGAACUAAAUAGAAUAUCUAUAAACAAAGCAUUAUUUUUGGAUUUAUUCAAUCUUGUUUUAAUCUAAUUGGAUAUAUUAUUUCAUGGAUUGAAAUUUAUCUUCACUGAAAAUGCAUGAAGUUUCUACGAUUUUAUGGUGGAUCGGUGUCUGUGUAAUGACAAAGCAGGUUUGGUCAAUAGCAAACGUCAUUGAUCAGGAUUGUGUAGUGAGCUUGACCAUACCCAGAAAUAGCAUCAAGAGCAGCUGCAACACCGACGAGAGGACCCUUAGAAAGAUGCAAGCUUUAGAAGCCAAGUUCUCACGUCUAUACACGGCAAUCAGAGGACUGGAAGUUCGAAUGCCUCAAAUCGCAUCACAUCAGGGAAAAAACCAAGAGACGAUGAACAGGUUAGAGUUUAACUUAGCACAGUCAGCUACAUACGUCAAAAAGUUAGAGGACAAAAUUCUACAACUAGAAUCUAGACUCCCACAAACUGGGGGAGGGGAAAAUAUUGUCUCCCAGCGCUCGAAUUCACUGGACUCUCUGAUGGACCCUGUUCGACCAUUAUUAGCGGAUGAACUGGAAAAAUUCAAAGACAAAUGGAUGAAGAAUCUUGCUGAAAAUAUAGUUCCUGUCAUACUGAAUCCAGAAAACAAAUUAGGUCUUGAUUUCAAAGAAAGACUUCUUCAGAAUUUAAAGAUACACAUUAAACCAAAUAUAAGGAGUCCCUCAGAAACGAUUGAAUCUUCCAGUGAAAUUGAGGAUGACGAUGAAAUCACCAAUUCAACCAAAGAAGAGUUAAAGGCCAAUGAAUUCAUGAUUGUUACAAAACCAACUAAAAUAUUUGAGAACACAUCUAAAAGUCCUUGGGACAGCCAUGCCUUGGAUAUGCUAGCUCGAACAUUAAAAAAUGUCAGCUUUGACUUAAAUGCUACAGUUAUAGAAACAGAAGCCAAUGAAUUUGAGAAAAACAGAAAUUCCUCAAAUUCAUCAUCUGUUCUAAACAAUGAAAAUGUGAUAAAGUUUUUAUCUUUUGUGAAAAAUCAAGUUUCAAAUGAGAUGGAGCUAAAAUUAAAUGAAAUUGAUAGAAAAUACCAAAAUAUAAGCAAAAUUCUGUAUGCUGGAACAAGUUUGAAGAAUAACAUUUCAAAUUUCUUAGAAAAUGAUCAGAACCAUAAACUGAUCAUACAGAAAAAUAUAUCAGACAUCAGAGAAGAAUACAGUGCUUUAGAGAUAAAGGUUCAGCGAGCAGUUGAUGAUUUGUCAAAGACAUUAGAAAAACGUGCAAAUUCAAUGACUGCCUCCAAAAUAUCUUCUUUUGAAAAUUUAUUUUCUCAAAAACUUCAGAAUGAAAUUUUGCAAAUGGACGGCAAAAUCUACUCUCAGAGCAGACGAGUAAAUAUGACUUCAAACCUAGUGAACAUUUUCCAAGAAUCUCUGGCCAAAUACCGCAAUCAGAGCCAAAGAGCGAUCAGUCAACUGCAACGAAAGGUGGCUGAGAUAAGUCUAGUGUUAAAGGAUUACACCAAAGAUGAUAGUGAUGUUCUGAAAGAGAGGCUGAGAUACCUAGAGGAAGAAAUCCAGGCAGUCGCUGAUUCGCAGUUGUUCAUGGAACAAGGCAUUGACAGAUUCAAAUCCAGCUUCACCGAAAACUACAGACGUGCCCAAAACGAAAUUCAAAAUCUGAACAGACAAUUGCAAGCUGUGGAGUAUGAAGUGGGUGGAAUUGACCAGCUAAAAGUGUCAUUAGGAAAUCAAGACACCGUUUUAAAUAUCACGGUGGAUAAAGUUAACAAAUUUAACAGCAAACUCAAUGACAUACAAAAAACUUUCACUGAAUUUACGGUUGAAGUUAUGAGUGAAAACCAAUGGGUCCCAUACAACUUCUCUCAUGCCUCCAUAAGAAAUGACUGUGAAGGAGGAAAAAAAUAUAUCAGGAAAAAUUUCUUUGCAUCCUUGGUAGUCAAGUUCGUUGGGGUUCAACUCUGUAGCAAUACUCGGUAUAAAAUAUUCCUGGGGCCCAGCAAAGGAGGGAAAUUCUAUGACAUUGGUGACAGGGUGGGGCGAGGUGAGGACCACUGUCAGUUUGUAGGGGCCACCAUCCCAGACAAUAGUACCAAAGCUUACACAGUGGACAGGAAGUUACUGUUCUAUACCACAAAGGGAUACAUACGAGAACACUGGAAUGAUGAGCCAGAAUUUGGAGUUAUUUCCAUUCUUAGACCUACAUCAUCUUUCUAUGAGUGUGGCCUAUCAAUACCUUAAGUUAUUGUGACAGCUGAUCCAAAAAAAAAAAAACAUUCUUUCAACAAGUUUACUGGAAAAAAAUGAAGAAGAAAAAAUCUUUCAAAAACUACAUGCAUCAAUGGAUGAUAUCCUUGGCUAUGAAAAUUCAAAUCAAAGUUAUUUGUCCCAGGAAAUUCGAGAAUUUGUUAUUAUGCAACAAUAAACAAUUUAAUGAACGUAUCUGUGAAAUGAAUCUGUGAUGCCUAUCUUUUACAUGGAAAGCUGACAGUUUAAAAACAACAAAAACUUUGAUGCUGCCUUGAAAGUCAUCUUUGUAAAUACAAUGUGUGUACAUGUAAUUUAUUGUUAUAUUGUAUAUGACUUCAAUACAUUGAAUUUUAUUUUCCUCGGUUUCAUCAUAUUAUUAUUAUCAUACAAAAAGCCAACACAUUUCCGACAUGUAUAUUUAUCACAAUGUGAUUUACUUCCUUAUGUAUUGAUUAACAUUUUGUCAUGAGCAAAGCAUUUUAUAUUUUGAUGACAAUGACUAGAAUAUGUUAACUUCUGUAAUAUUUUCAGAAGUUCAUCCUCAGAUCCAAACCAAAACAGCAGAUAUAUCUUUUAAAUUUAGCUUCAAAGCGAUUUUUCAAUUUUUCAGACUGUCAAAUCUAAGCGGCAGGCCCCUGUUCAAUGCUGAAACUGCGGUGAUAAAAGUCUCAAUGAUUUUUUACGUGGGUGGAUACAGUAAUGUUGUUUUACUGCACUUCUGAUCAAACUAAUGUCAGACAAAAAAAUUCCUCUAGAAAUUAUUUAGUCUCGUAGAAUAUUAAAACUGUGUUAAUACUUGUCACCCAUAACAUGUACAUGUAAUAUUACAUUGAUCAUCAAUAAACUUUCUUUCUUUUUUGA